AUGAGAUGGUGGAUUGCUUUAGGAUUAGAAGAAGAUGCAGAUUUGUCUUCUGUCAUUGAAAAAAAAAAUUGCCGGAAAAGUAGGAUAGACAAAAGAGGACUGAAGAGAGUAUUACUGUUCACAGAAGACACAGGUCGGUGGCAGAAGUCAAGCCGUGGCUUGGUGGCGGCGAGAUUAGGGCAAGAGAUGAUCGAUACAGAGUCGUGGCUCUGGGCUCUGAUACCAUGUAAACUCUUUAGAAAAGCUAAUAGGAAGGUGUUCCAAGGAGAUGAAUGUCCCAAAUGGUUGAUUGAUCCUGGAAAGAAAAUUGCAAAAAACUAUCAUAGAUUGCUGCUUUCUAUGGUUGUGAUGGUAGGAGUUCUAGCAAAAGAACCAAGGACUAAAGAUUUGUGGGUAAAAAUUUCUUGCAGUGUCCAUUCGUACAUUGCUAGUGACGAGAAACGAUGUCUGGAAACAAUAGCAUUAAGUUACCACCAUCUGCCUCUUCACUUGAGAGAGUGCUUUCUCUAUCUGGGAGGAUUUUCAGAAGACUUUCGGAUGUAUUCACCAUGGUUGCUUUGGUUAUGGGAAGCUGAUGGAUUUAUACAAGGAGAUGGAAGUCGAAGCUUGGAGAAAAUUGCUAAUGGUCACCUGGUGGAUCUUGUUGACAGAAAUCUUCUUAUUGUAGAAAAAUGUAAUCUUAUCGGUGAUGUCCUUUGUUGUGAAGUCCAUGUUCUUGUGAGGCAGGUAUGUGUGGAAAAAGGAAAAGAAGAAAGAUUCUUCUUGAAAAUAGACUCACUACCAUCUAAUCAUCUAUGUAAGGUAAUGACCACACAUAAGCAACGCCGUGUGGUCAUAAAUCCAGAAAUCGACAGUAUGAGUUUGCCUAGUCCGCCCACCCCAACAUUACUAGUUCACUUAAGGUACCUUGACAUUUGUCUGUCAUCAUUACCACCAUCAAUAUGCAAUUUAUGGAAUCUUCAAACCCUCAUUGUUAGCACAAGGUCUAGUUCUAUGGUUUUACCUAGUAACAUAUCAAAUUUGGUGAAUCUGAGGUAUUUACACUGUAACAUAGAUCUUUAUCUUCCUUCUAUUGGAAAACCGAUGAAAUUGGAAUAUAUUUCAGAUGUGGUGUUGGGAGAUGGGGUAGAUAAUUUUCAGAAAUGUUUUCCCAUGAUCAGGGAACUUUCAACUACUCUUUACUUUGACGAGGAAAGUGAUUUUGAAGUACUUCAUCACCUUCAAAUCUUGAUGUUAAUUGGGUCAGGUUACAACAGAAGGAGAUCAGUUGAGCGAGAAUUUGUGAGAGGUGAACCGAACUUGGGAAAGAAUCACAUUAUUAGGUUCCCAGCAACAUUGAAAGAACUUACUCUUGAAAGGUGUGGUCUACCAUGGAGCGACAUGUCCAUCAUUCAAUCGUUGCCUAAUCUUGAGGUUCUUCCAAUAAAAGGCAAUGGAUUUGAGGGAACCCAGUGGGAAACAGAUGAUGAGCAGUUUCAACGACUAAAAUUCUUGAGACUUAAAAAGUUAAAUACCAGACAGUGGGAAGCCUCAAGUAUCAACUUUCCAUGUCUCGAACGAUUAGAGGUGUUGAAUUGCAUUGAUCUUGAAGAGAUACCCCUUGAAUUAGGGGACAUCUCAACGCUUGAACGUAUUCACAUUGAGAAUUGUGGUGCUUCUCUUCUCGUAUCCUUUCGAAAAAUACGACAGGAGCAAGAUGAUGUGGGAAACUAUGAACUAAACAUCAAAGUUGAUGGAAGGUAUAUGCCUUCUUAUAUACCCCAGCAUGACGAUUAA